AUGGCAAUAGUAGUACCGUUACUUGUGCUGGCCGCCGGCGUGUUUGCUGCUGCAGUACUAGUGCUACUCAUCAUCCGAAAUAUUAUCAGCAGCAGCAACAAACGAUCGCAGCAUGGAAACAAAGCCCGACGGCCGCCGUCCCCGCCGAAGCUGCCGAUCCUUGGGAACCUCCACCAAGUGGGAAAGUAUCCUCACCGAACUUUCCCCGCCUUGGCGAAGCUUUAUGGCGGCCCUGACCUCAUGCUGCUCCACUUUGGCAGCAGGCCGGUAUUAGUGGUCUCCACCUCCAAGGCGGCGCGUGAGGUGAUGAAGACCAACGACCUCAUCUCCGCCGACCGGCCAGAUCUGAAAACCGCUAAGAAGCUUCUCUACGAUAACAAAGACAUCGCCAACGCUCGCUACGGCGAGCACUGGAGGCAGGCCAGACGACUGUGCGUGCUUCAUCUCCUCAGCAACAAGAAAAUCCAGUCCUGCCAUGCUUUGAGGGAGGAGGAAAUCGGGUUGCUGGUCAAUCGGAUUCGAGCAAGUGCCCAAACGGGCCAGGAGGUGAACUUGAGCGCGCUACUUCCCUGCUUCACCAACGACGUCAUCUGCAGGAUGGCGCUCGGGAGGAAGUACGAUGGCAAUACCGUCUUUAGGGAUCUUUUGGCAGAGCUCAUGGAGUUGGUUGUUACAUUAAGUGUGGGCGAGUUCAUUCCUCAGCUCUCGUGGCUCCAAAGGGACAGCCCAGACGACUUCCACCUGGAUGGAGACGGGAUCAAAGCAGUCAUCUUGGACAUGUUCAUCGGAGGAACAGAUACAACCUCAACGCUUUUGGAAUGGGCAAUGUCGGAGCUGAUGAAACACCCGAGGGUGAUGAAGAAGCUGCAGGAGGAGGUCAGAAGAGAAGUUGGUGGAACCAUGAUCCUCACCAAUGCCUGGGGGAUCGGAAGGGACCCGGCCGAUUGGGGGGUAUCGCCUGACGAAUUUCAGCCGGAGCGAUUUCUCCAAGCCAAAGUGGAUUUCAAAGGCCAAGAUUUUCAGCUGAUACCUUUUGGAGCUGGAAGGCGAUGCUGUCCGGGGAUUUCUUUCGGCCUCGCCGUCGUGGAGGUGGCGCUGGCGAAUCUGGUGAGGGACUUUGACUGGAAGCUUCCCGGUGGAAUGAGAGGGGAGGAUUUGGACAUGUCUGAGUGUGUUGGUCUUACAGCCCGCCGAGACCUCCCUCUUCUCACCAUACCCACCAUUGUCUCUGCCCGUCGGCCAACUUAA